AUGCGUUUCACCCAGCAUAUAAGACGUCUUCCUCCUCCAUUUUACCCCGGAAAGCCUGGAGAAGGGGCCCCUGUUGGUCGUUAUGUGCGAAAUGUCUCUCUUCCGUACUCUCCUGAUCACAGAACACCGAAGGAGGAAACCGGAGGCUACGGAGAGCAUGCAGAUUAUAUGCGCGCCAGAGUCAUUGCUGAUGAGAGGCGACGCAGCUGGGCCAGAUUCGGCAGUUUGAAAAGUCAGGUCUCGGUUAGAGAUCUGUUUCCUUCUGAAGCGGAGUAUGCUGAGGAAUUGGAGGCCGAGAAGAGAUGGUGGCCCGAGCUUGAAACGAUGAAGAAGGAACUGCAGAGAAUUGAAAGUCAAAAAGAACAGGAUGAAGCGCUGAGGCAACGACAAAUUGCUGCAGCGAUGUCGCAAAUGCCGAAAUGGAUGAAUAUCUACAAAGGGAAGACGCCUGUUAAAGAUCGGACGCCCGGAAUUCGCCAGAAAUUGAUAUUGGAGAAGAAGAAGUCGAAAACUGACUAUGUAGUGCAGUCCCUUACGAACGAGGAAGCAAUUAUUGAUUUGGUCGGUAAGAAAUUGGACCCACGCUCGAUGGAGUAUAAGCAGUACGUUUCAAAAAUGCAGCUUGAGCAGAAGAAUCAGAAGAAACGAAAAGCUGCUCUUAAAAAGCGCGGACAAGCUACUGUUGAUGACUGA